AUGGCCUUGUCCAAUACACAAGCCAAAGAAACCAUCAGACUGUGGAAAAGCCUUCACGAAUAUGACCAACAACCAACAACAUUUGCUCCACGACACCGCACUACACUGGUGAAGGGAAAGCUUAAAGCUCCAAAGAGAAGGAGUACCAAUGUUGUACCAGGGCUGGACAGUACUAGGAGGUGAGCUACUGUACGGCUAAUGUUGUAAAUAUCACACAGGACUCUUUUUUCAUGUAAUUUGGUUUUUCUUUCUUUAAGAUGUUUUCUAGGCUCCAACAGUGCUCCAGCCCAAUGGCCAGAUUGUAACAGGUACACUGAGGCAGUUAUAUCUCAACUGUGUAAUCUGCAUCCUGGGCCAGAGAAAUCAAAGAAAAAAACAACAAACCGUUGGUCUCUUGUGUGUAAAGACUACAGAGGCAUACAAGAACGUGUUAUGAACAAUGGCAUGGUGAUGAGAGAGACACAGAUUCAGCUACCAGAUAUAAACCAAACAACAUUAAGUCAUUGGUAUAUCAAGAGACAAAAGAAGAAAGAACAAGAAAUACUUAAACAGGGACUACCUCAACGAACUGAACCAGCAGCAUCAAAGACACCUUUACCAGCAGCCAUACCACUGCCUCCGUCCUUGCCACAAGUCAACUAUCCUGUGCCCUUUAAAUUUGUAUUACCAACAAAUACCACAGGAACAGCUAUUCUCAGAGGUCAAACUUCAAAAGCUUGCCAACCGAUGCCAAUUCUUCCAGCUCCUGUUCCUCCUGUUCCUUUCUUACAGCCACCAACAGUAGCUAGAAGAUUUCCCCCUGUUCCAAUACAAUCCAAAAUACAAAUACAACACCAUCAGCCUCAAUCUUGGCAACAAAAGUCUCAGUCUCAACCAUCAGCACACCCAAAGCAAAAAGAUGAAACAAGGACUACCCAGGAACCAAAGACAAGCAGCAGUCGUAAGCAAUUCCUUGUAUAACAUGGUUUGCCCCAAGUGUGGAAAGAAGAAAGACCCUGAAAAUCAUAAACAAUACUUUGGAAACUGGUAUUGUAACACAAUGACUGAGAGCUUUGAGACAUGGAGAGAAAACCUUAAAAAGAACAAAGGAUAUAAAAAGAAGAAGACAGAUUGA